AUGAGAUACACAGGUGUUUCAAUCCUUGCUGCUUUUACUUUGACUAGCAGAGUUUAUGCUAUACUUCCAGAACACCUGCAUGAUUCUUUAUCUAGUACCACAUCCGCCGCCAGCUCUCAGUAUACUUUACAAGCAGUGGGCAAUCAGCCCAGUGAUGAACCAGAUUUUCAGAAUGUUUUAGAAACAGAUGAUGAGUUGGAAGACGAUUCGGAUUUUUUGGGUAUAUCACAAAAGGAUGCUCUUACACCAAGCUAUCCAUCUGCUUUGCUAAUUUUAAGAAAAGUAGUUCCUCACUUUGAAUCGGAUAGCUCUGAACGUCGCAAUAUUGUUGGAUUGUUCGACAUGGCGAUGGCUUCAGUAAGCAAAAUGGUUUCCAGUGAAGCAAAAAGUGUAAUUGAUGACAUAAAAUACAGGUUUGAUUCUUUUACAGUCAGUACAAUUAAUCGGAAUGGUCCUUAUAGGGUAAAGGAGUAUUGGGACAGGUAUGAGGCUUUCGGGUUGCUGUUGGCCUCUAUUCCAGAAUCACCCAAAUUCCUAGAUUUAAAUGGAUGGCAUCAAGGUUCUGGUACACCAAGUACUCAGACUGACCCAUCUAUUUAUAAACAUCGACUUUCAGUCUACUUGAACUCGGCUUGGUUUUUAACCAACAGAUAUUGCAAAUGGAUCAACAAGGCUUUGGCACUUUUUAACCGAUUCGAUAUUCAAACCAAGCACGAACCAACACUCGGAAUGUUUGACGAGUUUAAAAAGUGUCUCGUACAUAUCGGCGAAGCUUUUCAAGCGGAGCGACGCAAAAUAUAUGGUGUGGUUACAGCUUUACAAGACGAUCCAGUUGCACUACAAACCUCGAUUCAGUUGGUUAUGAAUGCAAUGGAUGAAACUCGACAUGCACAGCAUAUUCUAAAAGACUCGCUUUUGGCAUUAGCUGUAAGCUAUUUUAAACAUGACUUGCACAGUGAGUCACUAAUUCAGUGGCUAUAUGAUGUGUGGUUCUAUGCUCAUUACAAAAUAACGGAUAUGGCGACAGAAUUGCAAAAUCAAUAA